AUAUAAUAAUAGCAAUAUAUAUAGAUAUAUCUGUUAAAAGUUUACCUCAAGUUCAGUAAGGUACUCACAUCGACUUUGUUGGCAUCUCUCAGCCAGUGAGGGUUGAGUCUCAGGGAGUAAAGGGUUUCAUCCCAGGCUCCACUGUCGGUCCUCGGCGAUGGACCUCCAAGUUUAACAAACUUCAGAGUUUGCUAGCUCUGAGAGGCGUUCGCUCAGAGGGAGGUGCUGGUCGCAGCCUGCUGCCGUCCAGGAGAGCUCAAAGGGCCUCCUCUUGAACUGCUGCUUUAUAGAGUCAUGAGAUGAUUGGCCUUAGGCAUUUGUCAUCCUGACCACAGACCAGCUGGUGCUACUGGAACUCCAGUGACGGUGGCACCGCUUCGCUUGGAUUUAACAAUCAUACUGCUGGGUUGCAACCCAGGCAAGGCACGCUUCAAGGCUGGCGGCAGAGAUCGGAUUGUUCCUUGUUCUGUCUCCUGCCUCAAACAUUCAACUGGAGUUCCUUAGUACGUGCAGUGCCUUUUCCACCUUGGCCACGUAGGAGUUUCUGGUACAACGAAGGGGCGCUUAACUGACCAACUCACUAUACAAAGACUGCGGUUUGGCGGGAAUUCCUGAGGUCACAAAGAGGCUGGAGUGAGAAACGACCUGGGGGGUGCACAAUCACACUAUCAGUUGAGCACAAUCACACUAUCAACUGAGGCAAUAGGUGCUAAGCUCAUGCUUUUCUCCCAGGACACAUAGGGGUUUUCUCCGUUUUCACCCUGCAGGGCAAGAGUUCCCACCUGCAGCAGCCCCACUCCUUUGGCCCUGCCAGCAGGGCUUCAUGGGACACCCUAUUCUCUGGGACAUCUCUGACAGUGUCUUGUCUUUUGGGUUAUUUCUGCCUGUAUUUUAGCUGUCUUAUAGCAUGUGUAUUGUCCCUGUGCAGGUGCCAGUUUGGAAGAGCUGCUUGCUACCACUUUUGCUCAGCGUUCUUUUCCUCUGUGUGAAACCCCAGGGUGCUCAAGCAGUCUGAGGAAAUCAAAAAAGAUGUGGCCAUUUUGGGGACUGGACCUGAACAGAGUCCGCUGUGAUCUGCUCUUCACAGAAGCCAUCAGUCAAAGGAUGCAGGUUCCUAACAGGCUGAAGGUAGCAGAUAGCUUCAGCCCUGUGGAUGAGGAGCCAGUGACAGAGGAUGUCCCUCCUUCCUUUCGGAUGAACAUCCCUGAUAGGAUUUCUCUUGCAGAAAUAUCAGAUGCCAGUCUGAGGCCCAUCCUGAUGAACCAGCAAAGGAAGGUGCCCUCUGUCAUGGCGCACAUGUCGCCGGACUCCUCUGCGCAGCCCACCCGCCUCGGCGAGCUCCCUUUUCUGCAUGUAGCCAGCAGAUCAAGCUCCCAGAAACGCAAGCGAUCGGGCCAUCACAGCAGCAAGUCGCGGCGGGAGAGGACUCCAAGUGACUGUGCCCAGCUGGCCUUGUGCAGCCCGGGCCAGCACCAUGAGCGGCCGGAUGCGUCCCCCCUGCCCACGCGCAGCGCCCCACUCCCCCUCCUUGCGGAGACGGGCAGGAUCUACUCUGUGCAGAACAUCUUCCAGACCAUGUACCUCCUGGGCCAGGUGCUCUUCCACCGUGUCCAGGGCUCUCUGCAAGACCCAGUGCCGUCCAGGUGACUUUGGCUCGUCUUGAACCACCUCCCUGUCACUCUGCAAGGACUUGCCUUUGCCUCGCUAUGGCAUGAGCUCUGUAAACCACAGGCUGCACUGUGAUGGAGCAGGAUGGGCCUGCGUGGCUGCCCCAGACUUUCCUUCUCUCCUGCCCUGUCUGCCAGCUCCGGGUGCCUGGCCCAGGGGCGCCUGGUGCAGCCAGCCUGGGUGCGCCCUGCUAACCCAGCCCCGCUUAUGUCUCCUGAUUAACACCGCUCUCCUGGGCACCCUGAGUGAUCAAACGCCGCCUGUGACUUUGCUGGGAUUUCAGCUGCUCUUCACUGCUAAGCAAGUGCUAAUUUUUCUGCGUGCCUUGAUAGCUUGAUGGAGAAAAAAGUGUGAAGGGUAUCAAAAUCCAGAACAGACAGCCUGACCCCUGUCCCCCAGACACCCUCUCCUGCAGGGUCCCAGCACUCUUGGCUGUAUCUUGGUCACUCUUAAUUAACCUUUUCCACGAACUGGCUGCACUGAGUUACUCAUCCCAUAGCCAAUACCUUUGAGCAGGGUGGAAUGUACCUGUGUGCUCACUGGAGCAGUUAUGGAAUGACCUCAAUCUCUCUGGAUGUGCUGGAGCAGCUAUCUCCACCACACUGUUAUCUGUGCAAGAGCAGUAAAUUUAACAUGUUCAAAGACAUCAUUGCAGCCUUAAGGUGUCCCCAGUGCUCUAAGGCUGCUGAGCACCUGCAGGAAUGUCUAAAUACUUCUAAUUCUCCUUGAGCAAAGCCAGCAGGCAGAAAGGGAGGAGAGCGAGCAUCCGUCAGCGGUGCCAUCAGUGGCACAUCCUGCCUUCCCACCCAGCUGGCUCCGAGCUGCAGGCAGCAGAGCUGACUUCUGCGAUGUCCCUGCUUUUAACCACAGUAGGCUGACUGUCUUCAAGUGUUGCUUUUUUUUUUAAUGAAGUCUGGGCAUGCCAACAGGUCUGGUUAAUGGCUACAUAAGACCUUCUCCCUCCUCCCGUCAACAGUAGAGGAGGUUUAGGCCAUGGUACUGUGAGAGGUGGUAGCUUGUGGAGCCACUGCAAUGCAGUGGGGUGGGUCCUGGGCCUCUCCCCAGGUCUCAAACUCCCUUUGAAGCCAGCCACCUUGGAAGGCCUCUUCUUGGUACUUUGCAUCACUUCAGAUGCAUACGGUAUCUCUUCACUAUGACAGCUUUGUACCCCUAUGCAACAAUAAUAAUAAAAAAAUGGCUGAGCUGACUUGUUUGUCCUGAAAUUUUAAUAACAAAAGUCUGGUCUCGGACAGAGACUAGAAUAUUUGCCUGACAGUGACCUCUUGAAGAGUAUGAGUCAUCGGAAGGUAACUUCUAGUCUCUAAAGGGUGUUCACCUGUAUCAAGUGGGAUUUUUCAGUCAAAAGCUGCAGGAUGUGUCCAUUUUUAAUGGUUCUGUGCUGGGGGAAAUUGGAUUUUCUUUCUGUUGUGACUUUCAUUUUAUAUUGCAGCUAUGUUACAUGGAGGUAAUAUCUCACAAACUUAUAGAUAGAGAUUCACUGAGUCUCCGCAUGCUGUUCUGGCUUGUCUUCAGCAAGAUCACCAUCAUGUUGCAAACAGGAGUAAACACCCUGCCCUCCCCAAGGUCUCUGGAGGAGUGGUGUUAGACACUCACUAACCCCUACGGUACCAGCAAGUGCCCAUGCGAGGUAUUGGAGUGCGUAGGGGAGUUUUGGUUACAGAAGAACUGGCCUAUGAUGAUGGGAACAACAGACUGAAUGUGGCAGUUCUGAUUUUUCUCACUGUGGAUCUGCUUGCUUUGGUGGCUCAGUGCUGUGGGCCCUGCAGCAAGGCUGUGUCCCCAGGGGAUGCCUGGGAGAUCGGUGGUCUGUCUUGCCUCUGCCAGUGCAGCAGCUAAUCCCAGGGGGGGGCCCUUUGUUUCCAGGGAUGGAAGAAAUUGGCGCAUGCUUGGGUUGCUUGUUUAUGUUUCAAGUUGAAGGUAAAAUUUCCUAUAAGAGCAGAAAGUGAUACUUAUUUUGUUGGAAGGCCCCAGGAAAGUGAGCUUGUGGUAUCUGGAGAGGAACAAAUCCUCGUCUCAGCAAACACAGGACCCUUUUCUGCUGGCUGAUGUGUUUGUUCAGAUAGUUUCCCCCCAGCUGAUGGCUGCUUCUCACCAGCGGGAUCCUCACAUGCUGAUGUAGAUGAGAUCAUUCCUCCAUUUUGGCAUUGGCCCUGUGAUACGUAUUUACCUGACUGGCUCUAAAGAUGAUUUAUCCAACCCUCAGUGAAUUCCUCUUGACUAUAGAGAAUGACUGCUCGGUAAAUAUCGUGUUUUCUCUCUGUUGGACCUCUAAAGAAAUACAUGCGUGCAUUUUCCCUGUUGUCUGUCAUGGCAUGUGCUGUAUGUUGUGUUGUGAUCACUAUGGGGUGCAUGGUGGAGGGGUAUAAAUAUGCAUGAUGGGGAUUAAGAAGAGAUGAGUAGAUGCUUUGCAGGUGCUGUUUCCUCUCUCCUGAUGCUGCAUCCAGACAGCAUGUCCUGGGCACGCACACACUACCUGCAUGGCUUGGUCCCCUGUGCCGCGUCUGUGGGAAGGCAGCUGCACCUCUUGAGCAGUGUUUGUCUGUCUGCAUCUCUUGUUUU